AUGACCAUAGCAACAACCCCAAGCGGUGGUCCAGCGGACGCACCGGUCUCGGAACACGCAGGGUUCGUCCUUUUUCGCUUGAAGAGGUCGGAUUCCGUUCGCUGAUAGCGAGGUCGGGAGGAGGAGGAGGAGGAUGGAGGUGGAGAGGGCGGAGUACCUCCACCAGUUCGUGGAGGAGACGGACUGGUACAACGGCAUCGUGCUCGAUGCGCUCCUGCCGGGUGGCGGCGCCGCCUGGAGGCGGCUUCCCAGGCCGCUGCAGUCGUGGCUUCGCAACUACCUCGGUGGCAAUAUCCUCUACUUGGCCUCCGGCUUUCUCUGGUGCUUCUACAUCUACCACUGGAAGCGAAACGUUUACGUCCCAAAAGAUUCUAUACCCUCAAAGAGGGCCAUGCUUUUGCAAAUAUAUGUUGCGAUGAAGGCUAUGCCAUGGUACUGUGCUCUUCCGACGCUCUCAGAAUACAUGAUUGAGAAAGGAUGGACCAAAUGUUUUUUCAGCAUAAGUGAAGUUGGUUGGCCGAUCUAUCUUACUUAUAUGGCCAUCUAUUUAGUACUUGUCGAGUUUGGAAUUUACUGGAUGCACAGAGAGCUGCAUGAUAUAAAGCCAUUAUACAAGUACCUUCAUGUAACACAUCACAUCUACAACAAGCAAAACACUCUUUCUCCAUUUGCUGGACUGGCAUUCAAUCCAUUGGAUGGGAUACUGCAGGCCGUGCCACAUGUGAUCUCUCUCUUCAUCGUGCCAACUCAUUUCAUGAGUCACAUACUACUACUGUUCAUCGAAGCUUUAUGGACUGCAAACAUCCAUGACUGCAUUCACGGUAAGGUUUGGCCUGUCAUGGGUGCCGGUUACCACACCAUCCAUCACACGACGUAUCGUCACAACUACGGGCAUUACACGAUAUGGAUGGACUGGAUGUUCGGAACCCUUCGCGAUCCUGAGGAGGACCCCAAGAAGACCGAGUGAUCCAGUCUUGUUUUGCUCCAAAGUUACCACCUGCUAAUUCUACAAACUUAAAACCCUAUAUUGAGUUGUAGAUGGCCUUGUCUAAUAAUCAGGACUAGUUUCUAAUCUUCUAUGGCAUGUUCAUCUUGGAUUGGUAAACAGUGAAUGAGUGGAUGGGUAAAAACUGUGGUGAGCAUGAACUAAGACAUGAAUCAAUUUGUGUUUGUCA